AACAGUUCUCCUCCCUGUCAGCUUGGGCACACUGCUUUUGAUAGCUGUGCACAGCACAGCCAUCCAAAGCAGUGUGCUUACAGUGAAGCACACAGACACUGACCCAUAUAAAACAGUCCCAGCACACAGUUAACCCUUUGAUCGCCCCUCAUGUUAACCCCUUCCUGCCCAGUGUCAUUAGUACAGUAUCAGUGGGUUUUUUUUAGCACUGAUCACUGUAUUGGUGUCACUGGGGAUGUCAGUGACAACAAGUCAGUUCCCCCCAGUGUCAGAAUGUCCGCCGCAGUCCUGCUAUAA